AUGCUAGCACUACAAUUGACACCGUGGUUGCUCGUAGCUGCACUGGCAUCCCCCGUCCACCUCAGACGGCAGAGUAUCAAUGAGAAUUCCGACAACACAUUGAGGACAGUUGACGCGGUGUGGGAUGGUCAAUGCUUUUAUCCCGAGCCUGACGAUGAUUUCGAUUUGGAAGACUAUCUAGGACGAUGGUAUCAAGUUGCGGGUACAGUCGCCCCAUUUACUGCUGGUUGCACUUGCAUCUUUGCCGAAUAUAGUUUGAAUGUGAGCGCCUGCCUAUCCGGUUCAGAAGAACGGAACCGCGAAUUGACAAUUUCACAGAACAACGGCACCGUCAAUGUUUUCAAUGGAUGUCAACUUGGUGACCAGAGUAUCGAAAUAAGUGGAACCGCAUCAGAAGCCGACGAGGUCUAUGGUGACGAGGGUGUUUUUCGCGUCCAGUUCCCCGGUCAACCUCCGCCGGACUGCCCUGGUCCUAAUUACAUUGUGCAAGGUAUGUCGAAAUUUAGAGUGAUUGACGCUCAUCCUGUCGCGCAUAAUGUGGAAGAUCAUAAACUAAGACAUGAGAUAGACUACGACGACGACUGGGCAAUCGUACAGUCUUCAAACUUCACAACCUUAUUCGUCCUAAGCCGGGAACAGAACCCUGCUAACAACGACAUAGACGUUUGUUUCAUCCUGCCCUCUUAUCAGUGA